AUGAGCAGUAAUAUUAUAUUCAGACGUUCGAUUUCAACGUUGAUCCCACCAAAGAUAGUGUCCGCUAAACAGAUUGGGUCGCAACCCAAUGCUAAGAGAGUAUCGAAUAUGGUUAGUUUCUACAAAUUACUGCCCAGGGGACCCGCCAAGACGACCGAUACGAAGAAUACAGGGGUAAUUAACUGGUACAAGGCCAAAUAUUUCAAUGAUGAUCAAGCCAGUGGGAAGCCCUUAUUGCAUCUAUGUGGGGCCCUGAUACUUUUAGGUUACUCAAUGGAAUACUAUCUACAUUUGAGACACCAGAAACACGAAGAGCAUCAUUAA